UGUCACAACCGCAAAAUGCACACAAUAUUUUUUCAACAAACUUUGUGCACAUAUUAACUAUAUGUAAACAUGUAAAGCGGCUCGCUGAAUAGCAUUCACUUGGUUAACAGGCAAUUUGUAAUAUUUUCUUAAGCGCACUGUGUGUACACACUGGUGAAUAACAUACGUUCUUUUUACACCCAAAAAAAAAAUUGACGUGUCAGCUAAAUGUAAGCGAAAUCAACGCCAAACAAUAACAUAUUGAAGUACACGUCGUUAACAAUUUGAGCAGCAAGCCAGCGGGCAAGUGUGUGCAUGGAGUUCCUCAAGAGCGGCAUCAAAACGGUGCUGGGCAGCAGCGAGCCCGGCCAACAGCCAAGUGCAGCAGAAACCGUUGAGAAGCUGGUCGAUCGUGUCUUUAGCUCAACGCUGCUCGAGGAUCGACGCGAUGCUUGCCGGGCACUGAAAGCACUGUCACGCAAAUACCGCAUCGAGGUGGGUGCCCAGGGUAUGCCACCGUUGGUCCAAGUGCUGCAAAACGAUGGACAAGAUGCCGAAAUCAUUAGCUAUGCUCUCGACACACUGUGCAAUAUUGUCACCAGCGAAGAGUUCGAUGAGGAGGCCGACAAUCCGGCUGUCUCGGUCAAUGUGGGCGAACAAUUCACCGAGAUGUUCAUCAAGAGUCCCGAACACGUUACACUCGUCAUGGGCUAUCUGGAUGAAUACGAUUUUCGUGUGCGUCGCGCUGCAAUUCAAUUGAUCACAUCGCUGAUAGCGAACAAGACACGGGAACUGCAGGAAUUGGUGCUCGUCAGCCCGAUGGGCGUGUCCAAGCUAAUGGAUUUGCUCACCGACAGUCGCGAAGUCAUACGCAACGAUGUGCUGCUGCUGCUCAUCGAACUGACCAAAGGCAACUCGAAUAUCCAGAAGAUUGUUGCCUUUGAGAAUGCCUUCGAUCGUCUGUUUGAUAUUGUGCGUGAAGAGGGUUGCUCCGACGGUGGCAUUGUUGUCGAGGAUUGUCUCAUCCUGCUGUUGAACCUGCUCAAGAACAAUUCCAGCAAUCAACAAUUCUUCAAAGAGGGCUCCUACAUCCAACGCUUGGCGCCCAUGUUCGUGCUCAACAACAACAACGGCAGUGCAAGCAAUGAUCUCGAUGGCGACGGCGUCUGGACACCGCAGAAGGUCUCCAAUUUCCAUUGUCUGUUGCAGGUGGUGCGCGCCCUGGUCACGCCCAGCAAUCAACAGCAGGUGGUCAACGCCUGUCAGCGUGUCAUGCAGAAAUCCCAACUACUCCAGGCCCUGUGUGACAUCCUGAUGAGCAGCGGCGUGCCAGCAGACAUCCUCACCGAGACGAUCAAUGCGGUGGCCGAAGUUGUGCGUGGCGAUCGCGACAAUCAGGACGAACUGAGUCGUGUCCUGGCACCCAGCCAACCGCCACGUCCCGCCAUCGUGGUGCUGCUGAUGUCGAUGAUCAAUGAGAAGCAACUGCUGGCGCUGCGUUGCGCUGUGCUCUAUUGCUUCGAAUGUUAUUUGUAUCGCAACUCGGAUGGUCAACGCGCCGUCGUCCAAACGCUGCUCCCCUCGAGUGCCAGCGAUGUGAGUUCGCUAUCGACGGGUCAACUGCUGUGCACCGGUCUCUUCUCCACCGAUACGCUGGCCAAUUGGUUCUCGGCGGUGGCCAUAAUGCACACUCUCGUGGAGAAUGUGGCCCAGAAGGAGGAGCUGUUGCGUGUGCUCCUCGCCACACCUGGAGGCGUGCGUCCCAUCACGUUGCUGGAGCAAUGCACCGAUCUGAUGCAACAGGAACGCUAUCGACUCCAGAGCAAAGUCGGUCUCCUGAUGCUGCUCAGCGUGUGGUUGGCCCAUUGUCCCGGUGCUGUGAAGGCGCUCCUCGAAACCCAAGGCACGAUGGCGUAUCUAACGGCUCAGCUGUGCGCCAAUGAGCACGACGAACGCGAGUAUCUUGUCCAGGGCAUGUGCGCCUUUUUGAUGGGCCUCUGCAUACAGUUCAACGACAACUCGCUGCCCAAUCAGCGACGCGAAGACAUCAGCCAGCUGAUCAUCAAGCGCAUCGGCCAGGAGACGUUCUGCAACAAGUUGAGCGAGGUGUCGCGUCACGAGGCCUACAGUCGGGCCUGCAAACAGGCGCAGAUCCGUGCCAAGGGCGCCAGUGAACUCCUGCUGGACUACGAGUACUGCAAACUCUACAAAGGAUUGGAGGCGUUGAUUGCCAAGCUCGUGAGCGGCUUCGAUGUGGAUGGCAUUGAGCUGACCGAACUGACGCUCAGCUCGGAGGCAUCGGCAUUGGUCGCUCAAUACAAGGGCAUCAUACGUGGCAUGGACACACAGAUCCAGACGUUGCAGCAAUCCGCCAAGGAGCUGGAACAGCAGCACAGCGAACUGAAGCAACAGCUGGAGCAGGAGCAAACACUGAAAGCACAGUUGGCCGAUCAGAAUACGCUGCUCAAGGCGCAAUUGACAGCAGCAGCUGCACAGCAACAACAACAACAACAUCACUCUACCGAUUCACCGACACACAACGGUGCUGUUGGCGUUGCGGUGGUGCAGGAUGAGGAGCUGAAUGCGGCGCGGUAUCAGGCAAACAUGUAUUUCGCAGAGAACAUUCGUCUCACCAAGGAGCUGGAGACGUUGCGUCAGCAGCUGGCAGCGGAAAAGCAGCGAGCCGAUGGCGCUCAGGAUUCGCUGCGAGCCACGCAAAAGGAUCAGGAGGAUUUGCUCGAACUGCUCGCGGAUCAGGAGGCCAAAUUGGCGCGCUAUGAGACGCCCGUUGAAGCAGCAGCAACAGCUGCAACUGUUGAAACAGCCAAUAGAUAACUUCCAGCUAGAUUAGCCAGAUGAUGAUGGGAUUGAUGUAUUAACGUGUUGCAUGUGGCAAACGGGAAAGCUCAUCCAACUGCCUCCCCAAUUGAUAUAUAUAUAUACAUUCUUAUUGCUUUAAACUGAUACAUAUUUAUAUAUAUAUAUAGUAUAUAUAUACGACUACUAUAUAGAACUGUUGCAGAACCUGCAGAAUUCCAAACACACAUGAAAAUGAAAGAGAGUUGUUGAUCUACAAAUCGGAAGGAAACAUAUAUACGAUAUAUACAUUUAGUCGAUUCGUUCUGUUUUUUGUAGCUGAUUUGUAUAAUGUUUAUGGUUUUGUCCUAUGCUAGAUUAUCAAACAGAAUUUCACAAAUAAAA